AUGUUUUUAUCUAAUUCAUUACGCGCAACAAGAAAAGGCUUAACAUCUCCUUUAUGUAGAAAUCUAGUUGCUAGAUCUUCUGCAAUUAGACUAAUUAGUACUGCAGAACCAGAUAGUUUAACAUGGACUGAUUUUUUUAAAUUGAGGAAACAAGAGCGCAGAAUAAACGUAGGCUCUUCCAUAUUCACGGCUCUAGUUGGUUGUAACAUUUCAUGGGCCUACUUAUCAAAUAUGGAGAUCGAUCCAACUCAGAUGAUCCUGGGUUUUGACCCAUUAGUGGUAAUAUCAGCUGGUUUGAUAGCAUCUGGUUGCAUCGGUUAUUUAUUUGGCCCAUUGAUAGGCACACAAGUAUUUAGUUUAAAGAAUAAGCAAGCAUUGACUGAUUUCAAUUUGAAAAAUAAGGAGUUCUUGAAGCAUAUAAUUAGAAAUAGAGUCGAUGCUUCAUCCCAAAGUUUUAGUAACCCUGUACCUGAUUAUUAUGGUGAAAAAAUCGGUUCAGUUCGUGAAUAUAGACAGUGGUUAAGAGAUUGUCAUUCUUAUCAGAGGAAAGCCAAGGAAUUUUUAUAA